AUUAAGUUUAUUUUUAAUUUUAUGUUAGAUUUUCUUAAGAAAAAGCUGGACAGUUACAUAUCUGCCAAUCUGACAAAGGUCCAAGUAGUCCGCCUGCCUGAGCGGAUGGGAUUAAUAAGAGCCAGAUUAGCUGGUGCAAAAAAAGCUUCUGCCGAAGUUCUAAUAUUCCUCGAUUCCCACACUGAGGCCAAUGUAAAUUGGUUGCCUCCACUUUUAGAACCUAUUGCUGAAGAUUACAAGACAUGCGUAUGCCCUUUUAUUGAUGUAGUACAAUAUGAAACAUUCGAAUACAGGGCUCAGGAUGAGGGUGCCAGGGGGGCUUUUGACUGGGAAUUUUAUUACAAAAGAUUACCUCUACUACCCGAAGAUCUUGAACACCCUACAGAACCUUUUAAGUCUCCUGUUAUGGCAGGAGGGUUGUUUGCAAUUAGUCAAAAGUUCUUUUGGGAUUUGGGGGGCUAUGAUGAGGGUCUUGAUAUUUGGGGAGGAGAACAAUACGAACUAAGUUUUAAAAUAUGGCAAUGUGGAGGACAAAUGGUGGACGCUCCUUGUUCGAGAGUGGGUCAUAUUUACCGGAAGUUUGCCCCCUUCCCUAAUCCUGGAAGGGGCGAUUUUGUUGGAAAGAAUUAUAAGCGAGUCGCUGAAGUUUGGAUGGAUGAAUAUGCUGAAUAUUUAUAUAAGAGAAAACCGAAUUAUAGAACUUUAGAUCCCGGAGAUCUGACGGAACAAAAGGCUCUUAGAAAGAGAUUAAAAUGUAAACCAUUUAAAUGGUUUAUAGAAAAUAUUGCCUUCGACUUACCAUUGAAGUAUCCUCCAGUAGAACCUGACGAUUUCGGUUUUGGAGAGAUUCGUAGUAUAGCAGCUCCGGAAUUGUGUGUAGACAGUUACAUGAAACAGCGAGAUCAGCAGAUUGUUUUGAAGGAGUGUGUGAAAAACACAAAGAAAAAAGGUGAACAGAACUUCACGUUGACAUGGCACAAGGACAUCAGACCUGCUGGACGAUCGUUAUGCUGGGACGUCUCAAACCCUGACGACAGAGCUGAAAUUGUACUCUAUCCGUGCCAUGGAAUGAAAGGAAACCAGUAUUGGAAAUAUGACGUGGAAAAUCAGUGGUUUGUUCAUGGGAGCAAUCCAAGGUGUUUAGACUGCGAUCUGGGUAAUAAACGUCUUUAUGUUACUGAAUGCGAUGAGGGGUCGAAAACCCAAAAAUGGCGUUUUGAGAACGUGAAUCUUAAUUCGAUUAUGAAUUGGGACAACAUUGGACCCCCUUAAAAUUGUAAAGUUUUAUCUUAAGGGCUUAAAAUCGCUAGGCAUUUUUGUCUUUUUAAGAAUAAAGUUGGCUCAAGUUUAGAGGUUCAUGGAUGAUUAAUUGCCGGUUUCUUGUAAAAAAUGGGAAA